CUGGCCUCGACGCCGUCGAGUCGAUGCCUUCCGCCAUGGCGCGGUUGCAAAGCCUCGCCGCCGCCGCCGCCCUCGCGGCCACAGUCGCCGCCGUCCUCUCAAGCCUGCUCUACAGGCGCAAAUGCGGCUGCCUGGCCGCGCGGGUCCUGGAGCUGGAGGCCUCGCUGGCGGCAACCGCGGAGAAGGCCGCCGCCGAGCGCCGUGGCAGAGUCCGUGCUCAGCAGUCGUUGAGGGCGGCUCUGAGCGAGCAGGAGCCCCGCUCCGACGAGCCGAGGACGGCCAAGGCCCUGGCGUCGCACUCGUACCCGAUGGCCCCGAUCGGCACCGUGCAGUCCUGCUUCUCCACUAGGAAUGGUACACCGAGGCAGCCUUUGGUGGUGCCUCUGGCCAGGGCGACAGUGGCACUUGAUCCGACCCGUGUCCCGGCGGAAGCGCUUGAGGGACUUGCUAGUUACUCACACUGCUGGAUUAUCUAUGUGUUCCAUCUGAACACUGAUCUUGAUAAAAUGUGGAAAGAUCCUGCCAGGUCCAAGCUAAAAGCGAAGGUGAGAGUACCCAGAUUGAAAGGGGGCAAGAUGGGGGUCUUGGCUACUAGAUCGCCACAUCGGCCUAAUCCAAUCGGGCUCAGUGUAGCAAAGGUGGAGGCAGUGGAUGGUCAUGCCAUUUUGCUUUCUGGAGUAGAUUUGGUUGAUGGCACGCCUGUGCUUGAUAUUAAACCAUACCUGCCAUAUUCUGAUAGUGUUAAAGGUGCAGCUGUUCCCAAUUGGUUAGAGGUUGAUGGUGCAUUAGGUGUGGAGUCUAUCCAAUUUUCUGAGCACUUCACUUCUGCACUUCCCAGCUGCUGGAUGCAUGUACAAAAGCAGUCGCUCUAUGCCUCAGCGGAUGAGUUUCAGGAUCUAAUCAAGGAGGUGCUCUCCUGGGAUAUCAGAUCACUGUCUCAGCGAAUCCGCCCCCAUCAAGUGACCAUGGAAAGCGAAGCUAAUGACUGCUGUGGCGGCGAAGCUGGUGAGGAUGGCAGCAACAGGUCGUGCUCCAACGUCGUCUACCACCUCCAUCUGGAAGGCAUUGACGUGUCAUACAUGAUAGAUCAAGAUUCCAACAUUGUUGUCGACGAUGCGACCCUUCUUCCCGGUGUCGUAAACCGGAACCGGCACAAUUACUUGACAUGGAGGGAUAAACUCAGCAUUUUGUAACAUGGACCCCAGCUUUUUCGUAUCCUUUGCAGGAGUACAGUGUGAUGUACGAUGUCAUGAUGCUGAUGAAUUCGAUGGUGUGUUAUGUCUAUGGGGUACCCACUUGUAUUUUUAGGGGUCUCUGUCAUUAUAAAAAAAUUAUUUUCAAAGGUAAAUGAUAACUCAUUUGUAUAGGCGUUUA